AUGUCUCUCGCACGCCAUGUUGAUCCAGAUGAGAUGGUUAAGAAGCUUCACGGUAUGCAUAUGAAAGCUGCCAGUCAAAAGCAUGUAGUACACCCCAAAGGAGAAACCUCUCACAUCACCCCAUACUCUACUCGAUAUGCUUCCCAACAAGAAAUCUCCAAGUUUGAGAUACCACAGGAGGGUGCACCAGCAGAUUCUGUUCACCAAAUGUUGAAGGAUGAAUUAGAUCUUGAUGGCAGACCUAAUUUGAAUUUGGCAAGUUUCGUGGGUACAUAUAUGGAAAACCAUGCGGAACAAUUGAUGUUCGAAAACAUAUCCAAGAAUCUGGCUGAUGCAGAUGAAUACCCAGCCAUGAUGGAAAUGCACUCACGAUGCGUUUCCAUCAUCGCUAAUCUCUGGGGAGCACAAAAUGGGGAGAAAGCUAUUGGGUCGGCAACGACUGGGUCUUCAGAAGCUAUCCAUCUUGGCGGUUUGGCUAUGAAGAGACGUUGGCAAGAAAAGCGUGAUGCUGAAGGAAAGGAUAAAUCAAAGCCCAAUAUCAUCAUGGGAUCCAAUGCUCAAGUAGCUCUCGAGAAAUUCGCUCGAUACUUUGAGGUUGAGGCUAGAAUCCUCCCCGUGUCUGAAAAGUCCAAUUACAGACUUGAUGCCGAUUUGAUCAAGGACAAUAUCGACGAGAACACCAUCGGUAUCUUCGUAAUCCUAGGAAGUACCUACACCGGCCAUUACGAACCCGUUGAAGAAAUCUCCAAGAUCCUCGAUGACUAUGAAGCCCAGACGGGAGUCGACAUCCCCAUCCACGUCGACGCUGCCUCAGGAGGCUUCGUAGCCCCCUUCACGCACGCGCAAGCCGGAGGCCCAAAAUGGAACUUCGAGCUCCCACGAGUCAAAUCCAUCAACACGUCCGGCCACAAGUUCGGUCUGGUCUACGCAGGUGUCGGAUGGAUUGUCUGGCGCGAUGAAUCAUACCUCCCCAAACAUCUUGUCUUCGAACUCCACUAUUUGGGUGGAACUGAAGAGUCCUACACUCUUAACUUUUCACGACCAGGUGCUCAGGUAAUUGCGCAAUACUAUAACCUCAUCCACCUCGGUUUCAAAGGUUACCGUCAAAUCAUGGAAAACUGCAUGACUAAUGCACGUCUCCUCUCCAAAUCCCUCGAAGCCACCGGAUGGUAUACCUGCGUAUCCGACAUCCACCGCAAGAAAGGCCUACAUUCAUUCGCUGGGCUGGACGCCCCCGUCUUCAGCCAAGAAGACGAAACAUCCGCGGACUACAACGCGGGACUCCCCGUCGUCGCCUUCCGCUUCUCCGACGAAUUCCAGCAGGAAUUUCCACAUAUCAAACAAGAAACCAUUUCCAACCUCCUCCGAGCCAAACAAUACAUUAUCCCCAACUACCCACUGCCACCCACCGAAGACAAGGUCGAAAUUUUGCGGGUGGUGGUGAGAGAGAGUAUGAGUUUUGGACUGUUGCAUAAGUUGAUUUCGGAUAUCUGUGCUACGACGCAGAAUUUGAUGGAGAGUGAUGAGCAGGAUUUGAGCGUGCUGAAUAAACAUUUAAGUACGGGGCAUGGGAGUAAGGAGAUGCAGCAUGGGACCGUGGGUCACAAACAUGGGAAGGGGCAGGGGAAGGGCGGGAAGAGACCUAUGAAUGAGGGGGUGCAUAGGACGGUUUGUUAG